UUCCUUGUCGAUCUGCGCACGCUGCCGCGCUGUGGCAUUUACUGGGGUCUCCUCGAAAAAUAUUCCCCUGGUGAGCCUGUGAAUUAUGUGAAUGGAAGAUGCAUGACGCUGGCGAGGGACGUUGCACAGCAGUUUGUCUCCUAUGAGCCGCUGCGGCGACUGGUUUGUCUGCCGUACAGCGUGGAGAGGGAGCCGGAGUUUCUCAGCUUGAACAUGAACCACGAGGAUGCGAUGGUGGGUCGCGUGCUGCGCGAGAUCCGCUACAAGGAGUUGGUGUACGUUAAGGAGGGUCCGUGCCGCUUUCAUGACGUUCACGUCGGUAGCCAUCUUGGACCUGUAUCCCAAGGCUCCGUUGUUGUGCACCACCUUUGGGAGAGCGAGUACGAACUGUUGAUGCGCCGCUUUGGGAAUGAUACUUUUCCUUUGCCCCAAAGGUACAGGCGAAUGAGGGGAGGAUUUGUUUUUGAUUGCUUUUGGUAG